AUGGGAACUCCACUUGUUGGUACCGCUAUUAUCACCGGGGCGAAUGGAUUGCUCGGGUCGGAGAUAGCUGUCUCGAUUGCCAAAGCACAGCCGUUUGUUCAUUUGCUGCUGGUGGCCCGCGAUAUCAGAUCCGACAGCGUCAAGGAUGUGACGGACAGGAUCCGUCUCAUCGGACCCCGCUCCGUCGAGGUGGUUAAAGCAGACCUUGCCUGCUUUAACUCCGUCGUGAGCUUUUCCCAAUACACCGUCGAGAGGGUACGAAGUAAAGAGAUCCCUCCCGUGAUCUUGUUGAUCAACUCCGCCGCAACUUCGUCAUACGUUACCGAUCAAGUCACACGAGAUGGGUACGAUCCCGUCUACCAGACCAACUGCAUCGCGCCGUUCCUGUUGACUGUGAGCCUGCUCGAGGCCUUCCGCGCAGGCGACGGUACACCGAACGGUGGUGCUCGAGUAAUCAAUAUCGGGUGCUCCUCCAUGUCCAAGGGAUCCCUGGACUAUUUUGACAGCGAAGACCCGGAGAGCGCUGCCCAGCCGCCAGGAACACCAAUUGGCGCCAAGGAAGCGACCAGUCGCUUCGGAAGUAGUAAGUUGUUAAUGAGCGCUGCUAUGUAUGCCUUGCGUCGAAGUCUGGUACUUACGGGCAACAUCUCGCUCAAUGUAUACACAAUGGAUCCCGGCGGUAUGACCGGAGAGAGCCACCUAACGACCGAUGCCCCGUUAUCGGUCCGAAUGGCACACCAGACGCGGUCUGGACUCCGGCCAUUCCUGCGGGUGUUUUCCAAAAGUGCGAUAAACAAGGCUAGCGUUCCAGCCAAGGUCAUUGCAAGAGUCGCAUUUCAAAAGGAGACGGUGGAGAACUGGGGAAGGGAACGAUAUUAUAUCUUGGAUAGCGAAUACGAGGCCGCAUCCGUCAUUCCGGCCUUGCGGGAUGUGCCGCGCAUGGAUGGGCUGCUGCAGAAGGUUAUGCGACAGAUCGAGAUAGGCGUCAAAGGCAUGGGAUCGCCUCAAUCAAGAGUAUCGCGGCUGACUGCUCGAGCGAUGAGCCGCCAAUCAAGAUGGACAACCACCGCAGUUGAUCAAAAGAUAAUGGAACCGAGAAAAACGUGGAGAGAGAUGAACCGGCAUCACGCCUUCUCGAAUGGCUAUGCUGCCUACCCCCGCGGCAAAGCCAGUCACAACAACACCUUUUCAAUUUCCCCCCACCGCUUUCAACCGCGCCCACAACCGGCUUUGCGACGUCGAAGACAGCUCCUUCAACGACUGUGCCUUAUUGCCGCCAUUUCAACGCUGCUGUUGAUCCUCAUUUUCCCUUCAUUUCGAGCGUUAUUCCUCCCCGCAGUCUCGCUUGGCCUUGUUUCCUCCGCCGAAGAUUUACAAUUAGAAACAGUCCGAUACUAUGACUUGUCAAAAAUGCAGGGCAGUGGCAGUGGUUGGGAGCAUGGAGAACGGGUACUCAUGUGCACACCCUUGAGAGACGCUGCGUCUCACCUGCCGAUGUUCUUUUCGCAUCUUCGCAACCUUACGUACCCUCAUAACCUGAUAGACCUGGCGUUCUUGGUUUCGGAUUCCGAAGACAAUACGAUGGAAAUGUUGUCAUCGAUGCUGGAUGACCUGCAGAACGACGCCGAUCCGAAGAUGUCGUUCGGAGAGAUUUCGGUUAUCCAGAAGGAUUUUGGUCAACAGGUCCAACAAGAUGUGGAGAGUAGACACGGAUUCGCCGCCCAGGCAAGUCGCAGAAAGCUGAUGGCUCAGGCACGGAACUGGCUGCUUAGCGCCACUCUGCGUCCGACGCAUAGCUGGGUUUACUGGAGAGAUGCGGACGUCUUGACGGCUCCCACAACUAUUCUGGAGGACCUUAUGAGACACGACAAGGAUGUUAUCGUUCCGAAUGUUUGGCGCCCCCUGCCAGAUUGGCUAGGUGGGGAACAACCGUACGAUCUGAACUCCUGGCAGGAGUCAGAAACCGCACUGGCCCUUGCCGAAACUCUGGACGAGGAUGCGGUCAUUGUGGAAGGUUAUGCUGAGUAUGCAACGUGGAGGCCUCACCUCGCCUAUCUGCGUGACCCAUACGGGGAUCCUGAUAUGGAAAUGGAGCUUGACGGUGUAGGAGGCGUCAGUAUUCUGGCGAAGGCCCGUGUCUUCCGGGCCGGAGUCCAUUUCCCGGCCUUCAGUUUCGAGAAGCAUGCCGAGACCGAAGGAUUCGGAAAGAUGGCGAGACGGAUGGGAUUUUCCGUCAUUGGCCUUCCGCACUACACGAUCUGGCAUCUUUAUGAGCCGAGUGUGGAUGACCUCCAACAUAUGGAGGAGAUGGAGCAGGAGCGACUGGAACGUGAGAGGGAAGAACAAGAACAGGCCGAGCGUGCUGAGCGGGUUCAAUCGCUGUUCAAGGACGCCAAAUCGCAGUGGGAUGUCGAUAGUGCGAACCUCCAAGACGCCAUUGAUAAGGAAGGGAAGAGCCAGGCGAGCGACUACUCGUCGUCAUCAUCGGAUGCCGAUAGUACGAAAGGCAGCGAAGAAGGUCCCGUGGCCCAGCCCGCUGCGAAAGAGCAGGAAGAGCCUACAAAUGAAAGAAAACAGGCAAAGCAAUAG